CGCUCCGGCCAUGGCCUAGCGGCGGCGGCCGGGGCGCAAGAUGAGUUUCCCGGCGGAGGACGGCGUGGGCAGCCUCUGCCACAAGGCGCUGCAGAUCAUCUCGGAGCUGUGCCUGGGCGGGCAGGUGGAGCGGGAGAAGUGCGCCGGCAUCUUCCCCCUGGAGAGCGCCCGGCAGGGCAUCGGCGGCACAGAUGUCUCAGUCAGUCUCUUAGCCGUGGUUGUCAGCUUCUGCGGGCUCGCCCUGCUGGUGGUCUCGCUUUUUGUCUUUUGGAAGCUGUGCUGGCCCUGCUGGAGGAGCAAACCCCUCACCUCCAGCACCAGCAAUGUCCCACAGAGCAACUCCAGCGCUCCCACGGAGGUUUUGGAGAACAGCGAGAAAAAGGAAGUCAAAGAAAAUGGGAAAGCUACGACCAAGGUGCUCGAGGCAGCGCUGAAGAUCAGCCACACUUCCCCUGAUAUCCCAGCAGAGGUGCAGAACGCGCUGAAGGAGCACCUGAUCAGACAUGCCAGGAUGCAGAGGCAGAUCACAGAGCCCACAUCCUCAUCGAGGCACAAUUCCUUCAGGAGGCACUUGCCAAGGCAGAUGCAGGUGUCCAGUGUUGAUUUUAACAUGGGGACAGACCCAGUUUUGCAGAGGGGAGAGACCACAACCAGCAUUGGGAGAAUAAAACCAGAACUCUACAAACAGAAGUCUGUGGAUUCUGAUGGGCAACAGGAAGAUGUGAAAACAUGUGGAAAACUAAACUUCACUCUGCGGUACGAUUAUGAGAAUGAACUUCUGGCUGUCACAAUUGUCAAAGCCUUAGAUCUGCCUGCUAAAGACUUCGCAGGAACAUCUGACCCCUACGUGAAGAUUUAUCUGCUUCCAGAUAGGAAAAAGAAGUUUCAGACCCGAGUUCACAGAAAGACAUUAAAUCCAGUCUUUGAUGAAACCUUUCAGUUUCCUGUAGCCUAUGAUCAACUCAGCAACAGGAAAUUGCAUUUCAGUGUUUAUGAUUUUGACAGAUUUUCUAGACAUGACAUGAUUGGGGAAGUUAUUCUUGAUAACCUUUUUGAAGUCUCAGAUCUCUCCAGGGAAGCCAAUGUAUGGAAAGACAUCCACUGUGCCACCACAGAAAGCAUAGAUUUGGGUGAGAUCAUGUUUUCCCUUUGUUAUUUGCCUACUGCUGGGAGAAUGACUUUGACAGUCAUCAAAUGUCGGAAUCUCAAAGCGAUGGAUAUAACUGGUGCAUCAGAUCCGUACGUCAAAGUGUCGCUGAUGUGCGAGGGACGGAGGCUGAAAAAGAGGAAAACAACCACAAAGAAGAACACACUGAAUCCUGUUUAUAAUGAGGCCAUCAUCUUUGAUAUCCCUCCAGAGAACGUGGACCAGGUCAGCCUCUCCAUUGCAGUGAUGGAUUAUGACAGAGUAGGGCACAAUGAGGUCAUCGGAGUAUGCCGGACAGGAAUUGAUGCCGAAGGCCUUGGAAGAGAUCACUGGAAUGAAAUGUUGGCUUACCCACGUAAACCAAUAACUCACUGGCACCCACUACUAGAGCUACCUGGCCGAGCAACCAGUUUUGACAGCCAGGGAUCCUGUUCCUCACCCAAACCACCGCUCACGCCCUAGGAGCCAGAAUGGAUCCAUCCUGCUCAGUGUCCAAAGCUCCCCCCUAGCUCACAUCUACAUCAACAGAAGGUUUGCAUUCUGCAGAUGAACUGUAUCCAUAUUUUUUUAUCAAAAUGCAUCUUUCCUAUUGUAAGUCUUAUAUGACAGUUUAUAAUAAUUUGUUAAAGCGUGAAUGAAGUUGACUCGAGUCAAAUAUAACCCUUCCUUGUGCAAAUCCAUUCACCUGUUUUAUCUCUGGCAUGUAUCCAGGGUCAUAUUCAAGCAGUGGUUUGAUGAGGCCUGUGUCUUUUCAGAGGCAAAGAAACCAGAAAAAAAGAUCCCUUAAGUAAUUCAAAACUACUGCACAUUUUAACACCUAAUUCUUUUGAGUAAAUAGUCAUAUACAGCUCAUGUAGUAAAUUCCAUCUAAAUUGCACUAAAUUCUCUAUGACUUUGCAAGACAGCACUUCAAACUGAAUGUUGCAUGAAAAAAACCAAGUGUUGUCAUGUUUUGAGUAGCUGGAAGAUCCGUUCAUUCCUUGGGCAGGGAGGAAGGGCUGAUUUAAAGCCCACUGGAGCCAAUGAGGCAGAUCUACUGACUUCAGUGGGUUUUAGUGCAGCCCUUCUGAAACAGGCAUGAGAACUGGAUCUAUGCAGUUACAACCUUCCAGCGCUCAUGAUGACAGCUGCAUCUCCACACAAGUCAAACUGCAGAGGAGAGAAUGCUCAGACAUAAAGGAAUUGAUUUAAUGUGAUUUAUCUCUUCACAAAAUUGACCAAAUAUUGCAGUUCCCCACGACAUUUCUGUGAUUCUUGAUUUAAUGUGACAGACUUAGAUUUCUUUGAAGUUAUUUUGACUGAGUGCACAGCACACAUGGAAUUUAGUUUCUGGUUGCUGGCUGGAUGCCUCUAGACACAUAUGCUAAAUAUGAAUUUGAGAUGUGUUUUCUGUCAGUCUGUGGAGAGGGAAAUCAAAAUGUGACUAUUUUACAAGCAAGCAAACUCAUUUAUUAGAAUACACAGUGACAGCAAAUGCAAAAAUCUAUUUGCUGUAGUCAGAUACUUUAAAACCUAGAAGAGAACUACAUAUUAUUUUGUGGAUUUAUCUCCAAACACUGCAGUUUACCUCAAUCAGAUAAAUCAGAUAAUUACUUUAUUUUUUUUUCUUUCUUUCUGUGAAGAGUGUAGCACAGACAGUAUGAUUGGGUCUGAGGUUUUGAAAGCUGGUCUGUAAUUAGAAAAAGUUAGGAGGUGGCACUUUUUGUAUCUUUGCAAUAUAUAUGAAGAAAACAGAGAAGACAGUGUUUUCCAAAAGAAGCAUUUUACAGAAGUGCCAUGCAGGAGAAAAACUACACAGGAAGAUUGAUUUAUGAUAAUGAAAGAUAUUUUGAGAAUUCAUCUGGAUAUGAAGGGAAAAGGUCGUUUUGGCAAACUUCUGAAGAACCAUUUUGAGUUGGUUUAACCUGGCUGACACAAAAUAUGUUCUUGAAGAUCCAGUUCCUCCAUGCCACUGAGUGAUCUCUAAGACAGAUAAAAAUACCUUUAAGUGUCUUAAACUGCUCCAGAAAAGCAGGGCUGGUCUUAACAUUACAGGUGUAUCUAAGUCAAAGAAGGAGGCACUUUUAUACCUUUCCUCCUGUGCCUAUGAACACAGCAAGCAAGUCAAUAAACAUAAAAAAUCAAUCUCUCAGACAGUCUUUACAAAUAAGGGGGAAAAAAGAAAAUAAAAGAAUGGAAAAAGGGAAAAAAAUCAAGGCUCCAGCCCAAGCUUUUGAAUCCCUGUUUCAGGUUGUUUUUCAUGGCCUCUAGGCAGAAAUGUUUUCUCCCAGAGAGGAUUGGUAAUGCUGAACUCUGAUCCUCCCUGCUUAAGAUUGUAUUUUCAUCACCAUAAAUACAGAGCAGCCUUGCAGAAUUUCAUUCCUCCUUUUGCUCUGGAUGAGUAAUUUUUUUAAUAGGAGAACAAACUCUCCUCUGUGAGGUUUUUUUCCCCUCCCAUCGUUGUUAUCCUAACAAAAUUCUGUGGCCUAGAUAAUUUUCAACGUGAUUCUGCAAGGCUGAUAUAGAAACAGACAUAUGUGUGUAUAUAUAUGUAAGGAGAUUGAAAAACUAUUUUAUGUAUACAUUUAUCUUAAUAUAAAUUAUAUCAACAGUGGCCUUUGUGGCCUAGAGAAUACUUUUUGUAAUGUGGUACUGUAACAGUUAAUUAAAUAUUCUUUGCACUUUUUUGCACCUAAUAUCCAAAAAGCAAACAAAUUCACGAUCAAAUGUAGCAUAAGUGUUCAGCAAUGAGCAACAUCUUUUUACCUAUUUUACUGUUCUCUGAGUAUCUUGUGUGUUUCAUCAUAGGUAGUAAGGUAUUUCAAGAUUCAUUUUCUUAAAUUUUAAUUGUUGUCAAAUACCAAAGGCUCUGCUUGUGGCCCCUUGUUUUGUUAUUUUUAGUAUUGUUAAUAACAACAGUGAAUGACUUCUGUGUCUAAACCUGAUUGAUGGGUGCUCUGCAUCUAGGAGAAAUCAGGCUGCAAAAUCAUCUGGACAUCUAGCUUCAAAAAUGAUCCCUUAAGUAUUCAUCUUUAUUCUCUUAGCAUGAUUAAUAGAACUAGUGAAAAAGAUAUUUUUUCUCCAUUGUUUCCUUAGCCAUCUCAAAAGACAGGAUGUGUACUUAGCAUAACCCAUCUAUUGGAUUUAGAGCCUGGUUCACAAGUUACUCCCAGUGACAUCACAAAAGCACCAAGGAAGAGCUUAGCACAGUUUAAGUCAAGGAAUGUGUUGCUUGAUGCAUAUCUUUAUUAAAGAAUUCUAAAUAUUUUAAUUUGGAAAAUUGGAGAGGUUGGAAGUUCUCUCUCCCAUCCUGAUUUUUUUUCCCUGCUUAUCCGCAUUAUCCGCAUCUCCCAUAUCUUAUCCAUUACCCUGAUUUGGGAAAAAACAAAUGUGGCAAAAGGCUGGCGUAAAAUAUAUUGCAGUACUUUUACAACAGUUAGAAAUCUUCCUUUCCUAAAGACCUACGUUAUUUUGCUUGGAGCACUUUA